CGCCCUCGCUUCCCCGCGCCGGACCAAGGGUGCCGCGGGGCGCGCAGAUGCGAGGCGGGGAGAAAUGCAGAAGUCGCGGAGAGACCUCAUGAAGAGGAAGGCGGCGGCCAAGGCGCACGAGCAGGGCGCGGGCGCGGCCGCCGGGAUGAGGCGGCGGCGGCUGUACGGCUUCUCCGCCUCGCUCGUCGUCGCGUCCUGGGCCGCGCUCCUCAUCCUCAACUCGCUCGUCGGCCACGGCGACGGUCAACGCGGUACGCACGAUGGUGGAGACCCGAUUGUUGCCAUUCCCAUUGCUGGGCCUGGGCCUACAAUGAAUGAAGGUUCUGUUGGUCCUGAUGUUGUACACCAGGAGCACGAGGAGAAUUUGGCGGUGUCUGGUGACACGUGUGUUAAACUUGAUGAAAGUGUCUUGCUUUCAGAAGAGACAGUUCUGCAGGAAGAUGAAGUGUGUUCCAAGGAUGAUGCUGGAAGUGAUGACAUGGAAGCUGUAACCAAGGAUGAUCAAAUUGAUCUGUCAGAAGGCCAGGGCGAAGAACAAACUGUAACCAAGGAUGGUAAAAUUGACCUGUCAGAAGGUCAGGGUGAGGAAGGUGCUCUGACCAAGGAUGAUCAAAUUGACCUGUCAGUAGGUCAGGGUGCGGAAGAAGCUCAAACAAAUGAUGAUCAAAUUGAGCAGUCAGGAGGUCAGGGUGAGAGUCCUCAUCUGACAAACAUCGCCUCUGUAGUUCAUCCAGCGGAGAAGGUGGAUGUUGAAGAUGUUCCCAAACCAGCAAGGUUGGCACGAGUUGUUCCUCCGGGUCUUGAUGAAUUUAAGACGAGAGCAAUUGCUGAAAGGGGAAAGGAUGCCUCUAGUCAAACUGGCCAUGUGAUUCACCGAAGGGAACCUAGUGGUCAGUUGUACAAUUAUGCUUCGGCAGCUAAAGGGGCAAAGGUUCUGGAUUAUAACAAGGAGGCCAAAGGCGCUUCCAACAUUCUAGACAAAGAUAAGGAUAAGUAUCUCCGCAAUCCUUGUUCCGUGGAGGGAAAAUAUGUCAUCAUAGAGCUUUCUGAAGAAACCUUGGUAGAUACCAUUGCAAUUGCAAAUUUUGAGCAUUACUCUUCUAAUUUAAAAGAAUUUGAAAUGCUGAGCAGUCUUAUUUAUCCCACAGAAAACUGGGAAACACUUGGGAGAUUCACUGUCGCAAAUGCGAAGCAUGCUCAGAGUUUCACAUUUCCCGAGCCAAAGUGGGCGAGGUACUUGAAGUUCAAUUUGCUAAGCCAUUAUGGUUCUGCAAGCUAUUGUACACUGAGUAUGCUUGAGGUGUACGGAAUGGAUGCUGUGGAAAAGAUGCUCAAGAACUUGAUUCCAGUUGAGAAUAGAAAUGCUGAAUCUGAUGACAAAUCGAAGGAGCCAAUUGAGCAACCACCUUUGAAGGAGCCUAGUGGUGGAAAAGACUCCUCACAGGAACCCCUUGAUGAAGAUGAAUUUGAGGUAGAAGAUGAUAAGCCAAAUGGAGAUUCAUCAAGGAAUGGUGUUCAUGAUCAGAUUGUAGAGACAAGGACACUUCAGGCUGGCAGAAUCCCUGGAGAUACAGUUCUCAAGAUACUGAUGCAGAAAGUCCAGUCUCUUGAUGUGAGCUUUUCUGUAUUGGAGCGGUACCUAGAGGAACUCAACAGCAGAUAUGGACAAAUUUUUAAGGAUUUCGAUUCUGAUAUUGAUAGCAAAGAUGCGCUCUUGGAGAAGAUAAAAUUGGAGUUGAAGGAGCUUCAGAGCAGCAAAAAUGACUUUGCGAGAGAUAUUGAAAGUAUCCUUUCAUGGAAGUCAGUUGCCUCCUCGCAGUUAGACCAACUUGUCCUGGAUAAUGUCAUACUCAGAUCUGAGUAUGAGCGAUUUAGGGAUAAGCAGGUUGACCUGGAGAAUAGGAGCUUUGUUGUUAUAUUCCUGUGUUUUAUUUUUGGAUGCCUAGCCAUAGCUAAAUUGUCCAUAGGUAUGAUAUUCAAUAUUUGUAGAUUAUAUGAUUGUGAAAAGUUGGAUAGGGUAAAAUCCGGAUGGCUUGUGCUGCUGCUGAGCAGCUGCAUUGUGGCCUCCAUUUUGGUAAUACAGUGAUGUGUGUACUCAUCUCCAUAUAAUCGCGGCUGCAUAAUGUAAUUCCAUGAGGUAUCUGAUUCAAAAAAGAUCACAUCUCUGAGAUCAUAGAAAAUAAAAUCUCAGUACAGAUUAUCUAGCCUCAUCAUUGAUCUAAAAUUUGGAGGGAAAAGGAAAGGAGCAAAGUGUGCACCUGUGAAACUGGAGUCAUUUUAAAGGUGCAGCAGACUAGAAGUAGUAAAGUCUAGAACUAGAUUAUCUCUGCUCUGGUCCAUGCCUCCAUGGUCCACUCCAGUGGAAUGUAGAAGCAAGACUACCUGGAAACCAUGUGCACCCAGCUGGAGCCGGCAAUCAUGGAAGGUUAACCGUGGCAUGGUCCCAUGUGCUUCCUUGUAUGAUUGCCAGGGAGAGAAAUGUACUGAAUAUAGCAUUUCCCUAUGUCUCGCCAUGAAUCCUGUGCAGUGGGUGUUCUUUAUUUUUGGGUGGGCGUCCUGUCCAGCGGUGGUGCACGUGGCCUCCACAUUGUGUUGCUUACAAGGCAGUUGUCCAUUUGUUUCCACUUUCCACAAUGGAAGGCACCAUUGGUACUCUAACUUCUAUUGGUAGUUUCAAAACUCAAGUCAAUGGCUCAUCAAAGGUAUAUGCUCCCUGCACAGCCACAUAUGUACAGCUGUUCUUAGCAGUUGAGAGAGUAUUUUUUUGCAAGUUUUUCUAUUGCUUCCAUGUCCAGCUUCUCGGUUGGAAUUUCUGUGUAUUUCUGUUUGAACAAGCUAUUCAUGAUAGUUGACAUUUUAUUUCA